UCAUAGACUGGUGGGCAUCGCGGAUAGAGGGAGGGAGAACGCGCUCUACAUUCAGCUACGGAUUUUACAAAUAUAGCUAGCUAUAUUUUUGUUCCACGUUUUUGACAGGAUACAUAUCUUAUUUUCCUAAUUGGAUUCGUACGGGUUAUCUAAAGGUAAAUGAGGAUGCCGAGUAUCAAGUUUCAGAGUGGGGACACAGUGAUGGGCCGCUGGCCCGGCAGCAGCCUGUUCUACGAGGUCAAGGUGCUGAGCUACGAUGCCAAGAAUCAGCUCUACACUGUUAUCUACAAGGACGGCACCGAACUGGAGCUCAGAGAGUCUGACAUGAAGAAUCCCACUGGGUUCAAACCAAGCCGUCGCUCUCGUUCUCGCUCACGCUCCCCGUCGCGGCGGCGCAGUCGCUCCCGUAGCCCGGCCAGGACCACCAGGCGCUCCUCGUCACGCACUGUCAGCGGCACCUUCAUCGCGGAGACCCACAACGCUCGCAAGGAGCCCAAACUGGAAGAAGUGCUGGAAGUCAGACUCGUUCCUGUGGCAAAGCCAAUUGAGAACAAUAUCAACAAUAAGCAUGAAAAGACAGAGGAGAAUGAUACUGCUAACACAUUCAACGAGAAGCCUGCAGAGGUGGAGCCAGAGAAGAAAGUAGUAGAGAGCCGCUACAACUUGAGACGCAGGAAGGAUGAUGGUGACGCCAAGCCAGCCGAGCAGACGGAGGAGGAUGAGCAGAAGCCUGCAGUAGCCACAGCCCCCAUCACCACUGAGCUGGAGUUUGGAGGGAGGCUAGGAGUGUUCUGCAUGACUCUGCUCCUGCCUGCGACGGUGUUGGGCCUGAUGGUGGUUUGCAGUCAGGAGGAUGCUAGCCUGAUGAGCUCCCCCCCUCUGCCUGCUCUUGACUCCCUGUGGGACCUACAGGUGUUUGGCAUGGUGGUCCUCUGGUUGCUUUUCCAGGCCCUGCUCUACGUGCUGCCUGUUGGAAAGGUUGUGGAAGGAAUGCCCCUGAAGAAUGGAGAGAGGCUGAAAUACAGAAUGAACACCCUCUAUGCCUUUGUGCUGACGGUGGCUGCCCUGGGGGCUGCAGUGCACCACAAGAUAGACCUCAGCUAUAUCCACAGCCACUUCCUCCAGCUGGCUGUGUCUUCCCUGCUCUGCUCUGUCCUGCUUAGUGUCUACCUGUAUGUCCGCUCUCGCUGGGCAACCCAGGACCUGCUGGCCCCUGGAGGAAACUCUGGGAGUGUUAUUUAUGACUUCUUCAUGGGAAGUGAACUUAACCCCCGGAUCAAAGGCUUUGAUCUCAAAUACUUCUGUGAGCUGCGCCCAGGAUUGAUUGGUUGGCUGGUGAUCAACGCUGCCAUGGCUCUGGCUGAGAUGCAACUCCACCACCUGGACUACCCCUCGCCAGCCAUGAUCCUGGUCAACUGCUUCCACCUGCUCUAUGUGCUUGAUGCCUUCUGGCAUGAGGAGGGCGUCCUGAGCUAUAUGGAUAUUACCCAUGAUGGGUUUGGCUUCAUGCUGGCAUUUGGAGACUUAAUGUGGGUCCCCUUCACCUUCAGUCUCCAGGCCUACUACCUGGUUCACCACCCCAAUCACCUCUCUCUGCCCUGGAUCGUAGGCAUCGUCACUCUCAAUGUCAUUGGAUUUAGCAUCUUCCGUAAAGCAAACUCACAGAAAAACGCCUUCAGAAGAAAUCCAUCAGACCCCACAUUAUCCCAUCUGAAGACUAUCCCUACUGCCACUGGGAAGAGUCUCCUGGUAUCUGGUCUGUGGGGGCUAGUCCGUCACCCCAACUACCUGGGGGACCUCAUCAUGGCUCUGGCAUGGUCCCUACCCUGUGGGUUCACCCACAUCCUGCCAUACUUCUAUGUGAUCUACCUAUCCAUCCUACUGGUUCACCGGGAGGCCCGAGACGAGGCCCAGUGCAGGAGGAAGUAUGGCUCGGCGUGGGAUGACUACUGCCGAGAGGUCCGCUACCGCAUCAUCCCCAGAGUCUACUGAGGACUAUGCCACCCCUGCCCCCACGCCACGCCCUUCAAUUCUGCAAGCUUACGACUCAUCACACGGCUGCAUGAGUUCACUGAAAAAACAAGUUGUUUGAGAACAUUUGAAUUUUGGAAAGGGGGACUCUUGAUUCUUGGAAGUACCACAGGAACAGCUUUCUUUUGAAGUUACAUGGUUUUAGGAAGGUAAACACUCAUUGGCCGGCUGAAUUUUGUUAAUGCCUUUGUUUAGAGAGAAACAUUUGAAAAAAAUAAGCCUCAGAAUCUAGUGAAGUCAUGUGUAUAUAUUUUGUACAUAUACAUUUUUUUAACUGAAAGAUACCUGUAAACAACAUUGCAUAUUUGGUCUGUGUUAGUUUUCUUUGCUCCCAUAUUUGAAGUAUACAAUAUUUUCUUGGCUUUUAUUUUGAAGUAUUUUGUAAUGAUACAUUUGGUAUACAUUACUUGUGUAUAUUGUGAAUGAUGGGAUAUAAAAUGCUCUUUUUCCCCCCUGUACAGUUGACAUAGGACUAACGUUCUCCCUCGGGAUCACGACGUUGUCACAAAAUUGCAUUUAGGUUUUUUUGGUCUUAAUUUAUAUAUUUUUUAUAUAUAGAGAGAUAUGUAGCCUAGUGUUAACUGAGAGUGAUAAAAAUAUUUGGUGGUUUUAAAUGCACUAUGCGAGAUUGCGUUUUAUACCCAAAGUCUAUUAUUUGUCUUUGCUACCUCAGGUUCUGUCAAAUUCCUCCCCAGUCCUCUGGAUGGUGGUGUUGCUUAGUGCUCCUGUGAUAGUCAGUCACUGUUUCAGAGGGAAGACAACCCAUCUGUUAUCAAAUCUACAUACACGUAGUCUUAUUUAAUACCAUUAGAAUUUGCAACGGUGCUUAUAGGCAGUAUCCAUUCAAGCACCACAAACCUUAAGUUAUUCAAGACCGUACUUUUUUAAAAAGGUGUCAAUAAUGACAUGAUUUUUUAAUGUUUUAUUUUAGUAUUUUCAAAUUUAUACUGUGACAUUCUGCACAAUGCUGUGUAGUGUGGUAGCCAUCUGGCAACAUUGGUGUUUUAUCCUGUGCAUUCUCAAACAAGUAUUUUUGGACCCAGCUGUAGAUGAACAGCAUCGUAGCAAUAUGUCAACUAGAAUAUGUGGCAUUUUAUGUGACUAAAUGCAAUGUACAUAUUCUAAAUUUGUUUUUAUUUUAAGUAAAAAAAUAUACAAGUUAAUGGUAGUAAUCAUAGAUAUUAUGUUUCACGAGUAGAUAUUGAAAGUUACAUUUGAUUUUAACUGUUUUGUUUUUAAGUUAAUUGCCUGAAUUACCAUUGUAGCCAUUUUUGUUUACAGCUAGAUCUGCUGUUAUUACUGACUCAGUCAUCUGAGAAGAUUACUUGUGAUUUGUCAUUUAUCAUGAACUAUUUCUCAUUGACCCACGUUCUGUACCCAACCCCUGUGUUUGUGGCGGAUGGGACUGGUAACAAUAUCCUAUUUUGGUCAGCUGGUAGUUUGUCGAAGCUAAAAGUUGGAAGUAACUAAGAAUUUGGAAGAAGACCCAAAGUUUUUGAAUCGUUAAAAUCUGGUGGAGACAGAUCAAACCUGUGACAGUGACUGGAAAGCUUGCAUUGUACAAACAUUUUGGCAAAAAAAUAAAGGUUUCAACUUACAUUA